AUGUCACUUUUUGAUGAUGAUUUGAGCUCGUCUGUGUCUUCUUGUGAGAAUGAAACAGUUGAGGACGAUUGUAAUCUUAAAUGUAAGCAAAAUGGUGUUGAAAGCUUGCCUGGUGUAGCUGGUGGUCUUGGGGCGAAGACUGUUGGUUCGAGUGGAAUUCGAUUCGAGGGUUUGUCUAGGUUUACACUGACUGUGGAUGAAAAGAAGCGGGCAGAAGAGCGUUGGCGUAUGGAAGUUGCUGGAUCUUCCUUGUUGCGAGCUGCAGGAACAGGUGGAGGUAACUCUGGAUCUAAUCCUCCUCAUUCAGGGGGGAGUCGUUUUUCUUCAUCUAUUGCAGAAGCGUUGCAGUUACGCAAGGAGGCUACUGAAGCACUGCGUAUGCGACGAAUACAGAAGCAACGUCAGGAAGAAUUAAAGGAUGAGGAAUUAGUGAAAAAAGAUCGUGAAGUAGGUGUAUUUGUUACGCCAGAGUACAUGGAAGCGUUGAGGCGUCAGAAGGAUCCACAUCAUUUCUCGGAGAAGGAUGAAGUGGGUGGUGUUAAUGUGAAUAAGAGUGAUGAAAAUAAGGGUCAGGAGGAUGAGGAAGAUGAUCCACUGGAGAAGUAUCUCCAACAGUUAGAAGAGAGACGGUCAACUACUGGCUUGCAUUCUGUAUCUUUAAAUAGCUCUGCAUGUGUUCGAAAAGGUACUGAAGAACAUGAAGGAAUGGUUUCAAUCCCUGGAGAGCAGGAGGAGGAAUCUGUUGUGAGCAGUAUGAAUCACGUGACAGCAACGGGCAAGAACCAUGAUGUGACAUUUAAUGGAGCAGCAUCUUCUUCAUCAUUAAUUCCUAAUUUGACUACAGGAAUUGAAGAGGGAGGAACAUUACCAACCCAUGAUGGGUCUCGUAGUGAUGAGUUUUACCCCAAUAAUGUGCGUCAAUCUUCGGCAAUGGCUAGUGAGUCUAAAAAUGAGGUGCGUCCUGAGGAUGCGCUACGUGAAGCGAGGGAAAUACGCAAGCGUCGUCGGGUAGAUCUUCCAUUUAUACAAGCCGCUACUGAAAGAUUCAUAACGCGUGCUUUGGAGCGAUUGGAAGCGAAUUGA